AUGGUUCGUGUCAUUAUAAAAGGAGGUGUCUGGCGAAAUACGGAGGAUGAGAUCUUGAAAGCGGCUGUUAUGAAAUAUGGCAAAAAUCAGUGGAGUCGUAUCGCCUCACUGCUUCACCGAAAGUCAGCGAAGCAAUGCAAAUCACGAUGGUAUGAAUGGUUGGAUCCAAGUAUUAAAAAAACAGAAUGGUCGAGAGAGGAAGAUGAGAAACUACUGCAUCUUGCGAAGUUAAUGCCAACGCAGUGGAGAACCAUUGCCCCCAUUGUUGGACGUACUGCUUCUCAGUGUCUGGAAAGAUACGAAUAUUUGCUAGACCAAGCGCAGAAAAAGACAGAGAUUGAACUUGAACCUGGCGAUGAUCCCAGAAAGUUGAAACCUGGUGAAAUCGACCCCUGUCCUGAAACUAAGCCUGCUAGACCCGACCCAGUUGAUAUGGAUGAAGAUGAGUUGGAAAUGUUGUCCGAAGCUCGGGCCCGUUUGGCAAAUACUCAAGGGAAAAAGGCGAAACGAAAAGCCAGAGAGAAGCAGCUUGAAGAAGCUCGCCGUCUGGCGUCACUGCAAAAGAGACGUGAGCUCAGAGCUGCGGGAAUACCGUGGGGUCGUGGCAGAAAAUUUCGCAGAGGAAUUGAUUACAAUGAAGAAAUACCAUUUGAAAAGUUGCCUCCACCAGGUUUCCAUAAUCCGAGCGAGGACACCGAUGAUUCACAGAAUAAAAGUUUUCGGAGCUUGAGGCGACAGGAUUUAGAUCCGAAGAUGCAGCGUGACAUUCGAGAAUCUGAAGAACGAAAGAAAGAUAAAGAAAAGAUGAAGAAGCGCAAGGAGCAAGAUAUGCCAGAGACAAUUUUUAAUAAAAAUCAACCGGAAAGAAAGCGCAGCAAACUCGUAUUGCCUCCUCCUCAAAUUUCCAACUCGGAGUUGGAAGACAUAAUCAAACUUGGUCGAGCUACAGAAGCUGCUCGUGAAUCUGUCGAAGAAAGUGCUGAAAGUGGCAGCGCUUCAUCAGCUUUGCUUUCUGACUAUUCUGUCACUCACACAGCUGCGUCGCUGCGUACUCCAAGAGUUUCUGGGACUGGAAGUGAUUCUAUUCUUCAGGAGGCUAAGAACAUUAUUUCUCUCCAGCAGGUUGAGACACCGCUUAAGGGGGGCGUUAACACGCCGCUGCAAGCCACUGACUUUACAGGAAUCACGCCGAGACGAGACACUGUACAAACCCCUAACACUCUCAUGAGGACACCAAUGGCUUUCACCUCGCGUGGCGAAGCGUUCACCCCGGAUCGCUAUACGCCGCGGUCGUUUACGCCGCGAAGCAUUUCGUCCACACCGUUCAGGGACGAAUUGAAUAUCAACGCUGAAGACGCUGCAGUUUCGCCAAUGGAUCCGAGCCGAGUGCGAAAAGAGUUGCGAAAGGGGCUGUUGUCAUUGCCGCGACCGCGCAACGAUUUCGAAAUCGUCGUCCCAGAAGACGUUCCUGGAUCUGACACUCAAUCUGAAACCGAAGAAGUUAUGGACGCCGCCGAUGUAAUUCUGGCCGAGAAGCUUAAAAUGGAACGAGUGCAUCGCGAUCUACCUCGCCCUGCUGACAUGAACAACUCCGUGAUGAGGCCGAUAAGGCCUGAUCUUCCAUUGAACGACAUCCAGAAGGCUGAAGAACUUAUUAAAAAGGAAAUGUUGAUCAUGCUACACCAUGAUGCGCUCACUGAUCCUUCAGAUGAACAGGUCAAAAUUGAUAAAAAAAAUAUUCACAGCAAGUCUGAGCAGACAACAACGCUUCUGAAUGAAGAAAAGCACAAUCAGUUUUUGGACCAAUGUCCCUUUGAACCGAUCAGCGAAGACGACUUCGAAAAAGCGGAACAGCUAUUAGCUGACGAAGAAGAAGUCGUUAAGUGUGGAAUGGGUCACGGCGAACUAUCUGUAAUGGCGUAUACUCAAGAUUAUCGGUUGCACAUGGCCCGAGAAGCCAAAAAGGCUGUUAAGGCCGAGAAGAAGUUGAAAGUGCUUCUAGGCGGAUACCAGGUGCGAGCUCAAGGACUGAUCAAACAGGUACAGGAACAAGAGGAUCAGGUCGAAAUUGCAGAAAUAGAAAAGUUCACGUUCGAUGCACUUAGGAAGCACGAAGAAUUCGUGAUUCCAAAACGAAUAGGCAACAUCUCUGAAGAUGUGGAACGCCAGCAGGAACGAGAAAAACAGUUACAGAAAGUUUUCGACGAAUUGCAGCUAGAAGCAGAACGCCUUUCUUCACUGGAACAACGAGAGCAGGCCAUGGGUGCGGCGAUGACAGACCGGAGACGACCGACGAUCACACACACGGCGGAGGAAGAGGCUCUGGACAAAAUUGCGCGAGACGCUGAAGAACGAAUACAGAAAAAACGACAAGCCAGAGCAGAAGCUCGUUCAGUGCGGCUCCGGGAGCUGGAAAAACAGCAGCGUGAAGCCGAUGAAGCCGAACUCAGAUACGAACUAACGAAUGAAUCUAGUCGAACGAGGUUCGGUCGCACUUCUUCAGGAACUGCACAUAACGGGUUUGCAAAGAAGUUGGACGAAGAAUUUGCAGCCGACGACCCAAAGGCAUUGGUGGAGAAACUGAACAGGACACUGUGUCUUUAUUCGCAAGUGGACAACGAGAAAUCGGUUUUGCUGUUCGAAGUUGAUCUGUUAAGAGAUGAAUUUGAAGAACUGCAAGAAAACCAUGCACAGCUGCGUCGAGAGUACACCGACAUGCAAAAUGUAAAUGAAGACAGUUCAGCAAGUGACGCUGCUUAA